UGACUACCGACGCCAGAGGGAGGCUGGGGGAGUGUCGAAUGUCACCAGGAGUCCAAUUCUUCCUGUUUCGUUUCUGAUCAAACUUAUUUGCUUUGUACCAGUCAGAAUACCAGUGAGAACAAAGUUGAAUAGGUUGUCAGCCAGCCAUCUGAAGAGUUUUCGGAAACUUGCUGUGCUGCUCAACAGAGGCUGGCACGCUCUGGCUGUUGUUGUGCCUUGCCUGGCUGACCGUUUCAAGGUAAGUUAACAUAGCGCUGCUAGUCCUGCUAGCUCCUCGGCUUUCAAGCUGUUUGACAACUUUUCCUAGCUAGUUAGCACAUUGUUAUUAGCCUAGUUAUUAGUUCAUUUAAAAUGCAUAGGUUCUUAGGGGCGUUACUCGACUAGAGGUUAACAACAUCAUUGUCUGUUGUUUUGGUAUAAUUUACAUUUAUGAUGGCUACUAGUUAAAGUAAUGCUAGUUAUGCUAGUUAGCUAGCAUACAUCAUCAUAGCUAGUGCUAACUAGCUGGACUAGCACGAACGAGUCAAUGACAUACUAACGCCACGCUAGACUACAGUAGACUAGCCCAAGACUACCUAACUUAGUUUGUGAUUGUAUAAUACUCAUAAAAGUCUUAACCUAAUUAGUUGUGCCAAGUCAUCAUACUCUCUCUAGUGGGAAGCUUAGGAAGAAAUUGUUUUAACCAUGUUAACUGAAUGAAUUCACACAGAAGACCACACUAAUCAAUGUCCUAAACAGCCUUUAAAUCCUCAUCUGUCUAUACCAAUCAAACCUGGAGUGUAAAUUCACAAUUUCUUACCCACUUAUUUUUUUAAGUUAUAAAAGUAGUUUUCAGAGACGAAAGAUCAUCCAGAUGGGGCUAUCAGAUCAACUGGAGUGAGAAAGACCUUAAAUGCCUGAGGCACUCAGUCACUUUCCCCUCAGCUGUUUUCUGUAUCCACUGACCUGUUGCAGUCUUGAGGGAUGCAUGGCCUUAGCAGCUGUUGCCAUGGAAGAGCUUUGUGACCUAACUGUCUGUUCUGCCUAGUUUUGGUCUCCAUGACAGCACAGGUCUGUAAUGCAAACAGCCACCUGUGUAUUACAUUUGUAUUCUACCGCUGAAGACGGGUCUUACAUUAGAUUCAUUGUUUUACCAAAGUCCACGUUAGUGGAAAAUGUGGGUAGGAAAGUUACUUUACAGUAGAUUAAACAGAUGUCCAACAUUGCAUAUGGACAAUGCUAGCCUCAUUUGUGAUUUCCUCUACUUAUUAAUAACUGCAUGCAGGAAUAGAAAGAGUCACACAUUGAGGUAAAACAAGGUUACUGGUUGGAAAUAGUCAGUGUGUGGAAAAACCCUAUCCUACACCUUAAUAAGUAGUAAAUCCAUGUCCACUGAAACUGCCUUUUCCACACUUGUCUGAACUGGCUGUACACCGAGGCCAGCUAUCUUUCCCAGUAGGUAAAGAGGAAGAUAGGGUGUCACAGUACUUAGUGCUGUGUGACUAGCCUCCUGCAGCUGAAACGGCACACAGGCUGUGAAUUAAUGAUAGGAGCCCCUGUUUCUGUGUCCCAAGGCCAGAUACCUGCUCUCGUAGCUGGCAGCAUGCUCACUGUGGAUCCCGUUUCAGUGUCAUUGAUUGAGCCCUUAUAGAUACUCUCCAAUGUGUAUUCUGAAUGUAAACAUUAAACCUACAUUGCUGUGCGGUUAGCGAAGCCCUUUCACCUCUUGUGUCUCUCACCCAUCUUACUGUACAUUCCCAGUGUUUCCCCCAUCCCCCUCCCCCCCCUCCUCUCCACACUCCUCCCUGCGUCCCCAGGUGAGGAAUAUGUUGGCGUCCUGCUGCAACUGGUUCUGUCUGGAUGCCACCAUCGUGGAGGAUACCAACAGCAGCACACGCCAUCAGGCCUACACAAACUCAGGCUACAGCAGCCACCCUUCGCCCCCGCUUGCGGACCCCACGUGCAAGGCCUGUGGAGGCCGCUUCGACACCCCAGCCAGGAAGCACGUCUGUAUGGACUGUAAGAAGACCUACUGCGCCCGGUGUUCGGCUCAGCUGGACCCUCGACCGCGGCUGUGCCACACCUGCCAGCGUUUCCAUGGCACCCUGUUCGAGCGCACGGAGCUGAUGAAGUUGAAGGUGAAGGACCUGCGCGACUACCUCCACCUGCACGAGGUGUCCACACAGAUGUGCCGCGAGAAGGAGGAGCUGGUGGAGCUUGUCCUGGGCCAGCAGACGCCUCCGCCUGACAACGCGGGACCCCAGACCCCAGCUCCAGCCUCCACGACACAGCAAGAACCCGCUCCGGUUCCUGCUCCCGUCACCACGGCGUCCGUCACCACGGCACCCGUCACCACAGCACCAUCCACUCAAGCCGACCCCCCGGAGCCCGCCCACCAGCCACAGGCCCAGGACGACAAUCUGUCGGACACGGAGGAGGUGCUGGCGCCUGGCCGCAGGGCGUCCCUGUCUGACCUGGCCUCGGCGGAGGACAUCGAGGCCCUGAGCGUCCGACAGCUCAAGGAGAUCCUGGCUCGCAACUUUGUCAACUACAAAGGCUGCUGUGAGAAGUGGGAGCUGAUGGAGAGAGUGACGCGCCUCUACCACGACCAGAAGGACCUCCAGAACAUGGUUUCGAAUACCAUUGACGGUACUGGUGACCCUAGCACCACCCCAGGCAUGGAGGACAGCCUGUGUAAGAUCUGCAUGGACUCUCCUAUCGACUGUGUCCUACUGGAGUGCGGUCACAUGGUCACCUGCACCAAGUGUGGCAAGCGCAUGAACGAGUGCCCCAUCUGCAGGCAGUAUGUGGUGCGUGCCGUUCACGUGUUCAGAUCCUGAGCGGGCCGGGACCCGCUCGAGCCUUCCUCUCCCCCAGACACUCCACCUCCAGCUGGGGGGCUUUGAGUCCCAGCGCCCCCCUCCCUUUACUGCUCCCUGCUGGAUGACCAGAGAGACUGAACUCGACCCCCCCCCCCCCCCUCCUCUUUUCUGCCUAUAAGCCGCACAAGCCCCCAUGACUGGAAAACGGAACUACUUUUAAUGACUGGAGUGUCCAAGGUGAGCCACGCACAUGAGAAAUUCCCUUUAAAUCAGAUGAUAAGUUGCAAGCAAUACUAUGUUUUGGGUUCUUUUUAAAAGAGAAAGAGAAAAUCUCUUCAACAGUCAUGGGGUGUUUGGGCCUAGUGCUGUCAUUACUGCAAAUCAAGCCUUAAAAGUCUGUCCUAGUGAAUAGCUGCAGGGAAGCCUUUUCAUAAUAGCUGUGAGCACACAGUGUACUAGUAGUGUCUUAAGGGGUUACAACAUCCAAUGUAGUAUAUUGGUUUUAGAAAUCACUUCACAAUAACUAUCAGCUCAAGGGUCAUCUCUGUAGUAAAACUGAAUGUAUGUCAAGACAAUGUUCAGCCAAUCUGUUUACCCCUAUCAGGUUGCACUGGAGUGUCUCUGUUUUAACAUAAAACUGCUUUGUAUCCAAGCCGGUUAAUCAAGAAAAACUGUAAACCGAGAAUGUCACCGCACAUUCUACUGCCUUCCAACACUGUGUCUGAUAAGACAUUCGUGUUGACCAAUGGUGUGUGCUUGACUAGAUAACCAUGAGGCCUAACUGACUAGUGAGUCAUUGUUUAAAUGAGGUUAAAAACGGCCUGUGAAAACACUUAUUUAAAUGUGUGCUCUGUAUGUUUUCUGUCGUGAUACUUUGCACCAGAGACUUCCAUGUGACUGCAUUGCACUAACCAUUAGAGAGAAGGAAGCUGUUUUUGGUGUCGAGUCAUCAAGGAGGGUCGAAUGAAAAUGAUUUGUGUGCGUUCACUGGCAUGUUCUGCACAGUACAAAGAAGCAGACCAUUUCAUCUUUUUUUUUUUAUUAAAGGAGAGGACUUCUUAUGUUUAAUUAAUACGGACUGUGGAUUAUUUGAGUUCUAGAUUGCAAUUUGUUCCUGUUUUCCCUCAAUAUAUUUUUAAUGACUGUGAAGUUUUGUAACUAGUUACUAAAUAUAAUUACACUUAUGGACCCAGAAUUUAUAUAUGAUACUGUUCUCUCUAUUUUUAUAUCAUCUGAUAUAAACAGAAUAUUGAGCCAAAUCUGUCGAAGAUUUUUCUAAAAGAUUGUUUCAAAUGAAUAAAAAGAAAAACUACA